AUGGAUUAUAAAAUAGAUAAUGGAGAUGUGUACCAGAGGAGGAGAGGACCUCAUUCGGUCAGCUCGGAUGGACAGGAAACAGGAAAUAAGCAACAGGAAGGGGUUGGGCGGACAGGGAGCAGCUGGCGACGAAUCGUUCUACUCAUCAUUGCCAUCACCAUCCACAACAUCCCAGAGGGUUUGGCUGUGGGAGUUGCAUUCGGAGCCAUUGGAAAGACUUCAUCUGCUACUUUUGAAAGCGCCAGAAAUUUGGCCAUCGGUAUCGGCAUCCAGAAUUUCCCAGAAGGCUUGGCAGUGAGCCUGCCGCUCCGGGGGUCAGGAGUCUCGACAUGGAAAGCCUUCUGGUAUGGCCAGCUCAGUGGCAUGGUGGAGCCUGUCGCUGGGUUGCUGGGCGCCAUUGCCGUCGUCUUGGCAGAACCCGUGUUGCCAUAUGCGUUGGCGUUUGCUGCCGGGGCGAUGGUUUACGUGGUGGUGGAUGACAUUAUACCUGAGGCCCAAAUCAGUGGAAACGGGAAGCUGGCCUCCUGGACCUCCAUCCUGGGCUUCGUCGUGAUGAUGUCACUGGACGUUGGGCUGGGCUGAGCUCACCUCACCGUGUCACCGUGGCAACAGAACACUCGAUGGCCAUGAUGUCAUCAUUGCUCUGCUGACCUCAGUUUUUUAAAAGUGGACCAAAUGAAGUGUUUGAUGGGUGACUGUACUUGAAGUUCUCUUUAAUGUGUGUUUGGUUUUCAUGCAACAAGUUAUUUUCCAAGAGCAUCUGUCACUUUUUUCAAAUGGCAGACACCUAAUUUGGGAAUAUUUAAUGAUUAUUUUAAUUCCAGAGCUUGUGAAUUUUGUGUUGAGGUUAGUGCUUUUUGAGAUCUUUUCCAAAAGCAUUAUUUCAAAACAAAAUGUCUCAAUUAUGAAAGUUCACUUGUUGUUUUUUCUUCAUUUUCUCAUAAUGGCAAUACUUGAAGUCUGGUGUUUGAGUUGGUAAUUUAUGGGACCUCCAAUGAAUGAUUUUGUUUUGGUUUACUCUGUUCUGACUCCAGCUGUAUCACUGUUACUGCAGAAGAACACUUUACACACACGUAACCCUCCUCUAUAAUGAAAGUCUGCUUUUCAUCCAGAUGCAGUGCCUUCUCUUGUUUAGGGCUCAGACAUCUACAGGCCAGUCUGAAGAAUCACAUGUUGUGGUCUGUGUCUAAUUAUUUAAAUGCUGAAGACAACACUUGAAGUAUUUGUAUAAUUAAACAACCAUGUGAUUCUGA